AUAACACAUCAAGUUCCUUAGUCUAUUGGGAAACUUUGAUUUUGAUUUUGAUUUUGAAAGCAAAAUUGAUCAAUAUCCCAAAAUCACAAUUGACAUUGUUGAUCAAGAUUGAUCUUAUUACAUCCCUCUCUUGCACCAUCAAGUCUUUAAGAAUCAUUCUCCUUUGUGGAUCUACUAUGAAUGAGAAUGGUAAUGCUAAUGAACCCAACAAGAAGUGGAAAUUUCCUUUCUUAGUUUUCUUCAAUGAUGCAAGACUUAUUUUCAAGUUGGAUGCACUUUCAAAGGAGAUAUUAGGGAUUGCAAUACCCUCUGCAUUAGCUGUUGCUGCUGAUCCUAUUGCUUCUCUUAUUGACACUGCAUUCAUAGGCCAUUUGGGUCCCGUGGAACUUGCUGCUGCUGGAGUUUCCAUUGCUUUGUUCAACCAAGCUUCAAAGAUCACCAUAUUUCCUCUUGUUAGUAUUACAACUUCCUUUGUAGCUGAGGAAGAUACUAUCAAAAGGAUGAAUAUCAAAGCAGCUGAAAAUGAUAAGAGUAAAUUAACUGAAGUAACACCUGAGAGUGAUGUGGUUCAAGACAUAGAGAAAGGGACACCCAAAGAGAGUAAUAAGGCUCAAAAAGAAUCUGUGGUAGGACACAAUGAAACAAAUGGUACACUUGGGAACAAUGAUAAGACUAAUGGAGUUGCAGUGAUGAAUAAUGAACAAGAACCCCAUUUACUAUCCUCAGAUUCUAGGAGCAGUAAGAUUAAGGAGAUAGUUGUGAAGAAGAAGAAGAGACACAUUGCUUCUGCAUCAACAGCACUACUCUUUGGCUCAAUUCUUGGUCUCCUACAAGCUUCAGUCCUUAUAUUUGGAGCUAAACCUCUAUUAUAUGUGAUGGGUGUAAAACAUGGCUCUCCAAUGCUAAAACCAGCAGUGAAGUAUUUGACAUAUAGAUCAUUUGGUGCUCCUGCGGUUCUUCUCUCAUUGGCAAUGCAAGGAAUAUUUCGAGGAUUUAAGGACACAACAACUCCUUUAUAUGUCAUUGUUGCGGGAUAUUCAUUGAAUGUGUUAUUGGAGCCAUUACUUAUUUUUAAAUUGAAAAUGGGCAUAAAAGGAGCAGCAAUUGCACAUGUUAUCUCUCAGUACAUGAUGGCAUUUACCCUCUUCUUCAUAUUAAUGAAAAAAGUGUAUCUCCUACCUCCAAGAAUAAAGGAUCUUCAGAUUUUCAGGUUUCUUAGAAAUGGAGGUCUGUUGAUGACAAAGGUAAUAGCAGUAACAUUCUGUGUGACUUUAGCAGCAAGUUUGGCUGCAAGGUUAGGUUCAAUUCCCAUGGCUGCCUUUCAACCUUGCCUACAAGUUUGGUUAGCAUCCUCCCUUUUUGCUGAUGGUUUGGCUAUAGCUGUACAGGCAAUCCUAGCUGGUUCUUUCGCGGAGAAAGACUGUAACAAGACAACAGCAGCUGCGACGAGGACUCUACAAUUCGGUUUUAUUUUAGGGGCGGGACUCUCUCUUAUUGUUGGAUUUGGUUUAUACUUUGGAGCCGGAAUCUUUUCCAAAAACCUUCAAGUUAUACACUUUAUCCGAAUAGGUGCCCCGAUUGUAGCUGCUACUCAACCAAUCAAUACAUUAGCCUUUGUCUUUGAUGGUGUAAACUAUGGAGCUUCUGAUUUUGCAUAUGCUUCAUAUUCCUUGGUUACAGUGUCAUUGGUAAGUGUUGGUGUAGAAUUUCUUCUUUACAGGAGCAACCAAUUCAUUGGGAUAUGGAUUGCACUAUCCAUCUAUAUGACUCUUCGCAUGUUGGCCGGUGUAUGGAGGAUGGGAACAGGUACAGGACCUUGGAGCUAUCUCAGAGGAUAAUUGCACUAAUAUAUCUUACAUUACCCUACCUUAAGGGAAAUUUUACUGUGCAUUGAGCAGUAAAUAUACCUUAUAUAAACACCCCUUACAUAUUUAGGAUCCAUAUAGAUUUUGUUUACAUUAUGAAUGUGACAAUCUAAGAAAGUAGAUUUGGGGGUGUAGGUUGUAUUUUGCUUAUGUCUUUAUCCUGAUGUAAUUGGACCAAAGUAUUUCUACUACUACCUUUUUAUAUAUUCUGAUUUUUCUUUGAUGCCUAAAAGAACUAGUCUACUUUU